UCAGAAAUCUGAUCUUGUAAAUAUCCUGUGCAGUAUCAUCUUUUUGGGGACCCUGUCACAGUAAAAAUAUGGGAGCAGCCACUACCAACAUGGUUUCAGAGAUACAAGCUCCAUAGCUUUUACUUGAUCCUGGCUUCACUACUAACUUGAUGUGCUGUAAGGUAAACCUCUCGAACCAGGGGCGGACUUAAAACUCAUGGGGCCCCGGGCAUUAGGGGAUCAUGGGGCCCCUGUGUCCUCGCCCCACACCCAAAAAACCUAUGAAAAACCCAAUGAAAGGUACCAGGGUCACCUCAUGGGGCCCCCUACUGACCCCAGGCUCUCGGGUAGU